ACUGUCCUUUGCUCCGGAGCUUCUAGGCCGCGCGCGGCUCCGGCGGAGGGAGAGCUGUGGGAGGAGGGACGCGGCCUGUCUGGGCGUCCUGCGAGCUGGGAGCCGAGGCCUAGAGGACCCCGCACCGCCGCGUGACCGAGCCCGCAGCCGCGAUGCCCAAGGACUGGGACAAGGAUGCGUACCCGGAGCCGCCGCGCCGCACACCGGCGCCCGACCCGAUCACGUCGCUGCCCAACCCGGUCACCAUCCUGACGGACGCCUUCAACUUCAUCAUAGACCUGCCUGUCACCCGCUUCCGAGAAUUUGUUGAGCAACAGCAAGCGAAAAACAAGACCUAUUACUAUCAUCGGCAAUACCGCCGAGUACCAGACAUAACUGAGUGCAAGCAAGGAGAUAUUCUAUGCAUAUUUGAAGCAGAAAUGCAGUGGAAAAGAGACUACAAAGUUGAUCAAGAAAUCGUUAAUAUUGUCCAGGAAAGACUGAAGGCCUGUCAGCAGAGGGAAGGAGACAGCUAUCAACAGAACUGUAUGAAAGAGCUCAAACAGUUCUAUGAGGUUGCAAAAGCUUAUCAGGAUCGAUAUCAUGAACUCGGAGCCAAUUCAUCUGCUCGGAAGUGUCUUGCUAAGCAGAAGCAGCGGAUGCUUGCUGAGCGGAAAGCUGCCAAGGAGGCUGCGGCGGCCUGACUUAACCAAAAAAUUGUUAGGAUCUUUGUUUUCUGUGAUCAUCCCAAUAAAAGUCUUUGCAGUUCUA